AUGGUUUACACAAUUCUUCCUAUUUUCUUAUUCAUCGAAGGGACCCCACUUCUAGGAAUCCUUUGGCAAGUAUAUAAGCCAUUCAAGUUCAUUCAAGAAAACCACAAACCAACAUAUCCCAUCUUUCUCAAGGUUUUAAACCUAGAGCGAGUGAAAAUGAGUGGUGGAGAUUGGAUGUGUGGUGCAUGCCAACAUUUGAAUUUCAAGAAACGUGAUUCUUGCCAAAAGUGUCAGUGUCCCAAAUUCGCAACACCUUCAGAGAUGUCAUGUUAUGGCGUAAAUAGAACAGAGGUGUUGGCUGGCGAUUGGUAUUGCUCCACGUUUAAUUGUGGGGCCCACAAUUAUGCUAGUCGAACGGGGUGUUAUAGAUGUGGUACACCUAAAGAUUACACAACGGCUGCAAUGAUAACAACAUCCACAGGAGGUUGUUACACUCAAGAUCUUAACAUUCUUCCAGGAUGGAAAAGUGGUGAUUGGAUCUGCAAUAGACUAGGUUGUGGGGUACAUAAUUACGCAAGUAGGAUGGAAUGCUACAAGUGCAAGACACCAAGGGAAUAGGGUUGUCAAUCAAUCUCUCAAAUACCCAAAUUCUUCCUAAAUACGUCGUCACUAAAAAUUCUAGAAUGCAAGUGAAUUAAGGGAAGAGAGUAUUACGAGUAUGUAAACAACAAUCUCUUUGGACUUCAAUGAUACUU